UAUUCUUCUCCAGCUCCAACGGCACCAAUGAUACCCUCACAUGGCAUCACAAUAAAGAUCAUCAUACUCUCACACAGGAUUGAGAACUUCGAGGUUGGAACUGAACUUCUAAAAGCACCCCCAAAAAAAAAAAAAAUCAGAGAAAGCGUAAAAAUAAAGGAAAAGUGUAUUAAAUAAAGAAUAAAGAAAUGGUACUUUCUUCAUCUCUGUCCUUCAUUUGCGCGGACAUUCACCGAUUUUUCACCAUUCCGCUGACUCUCACUGUGGUGCUUUCCGCUGGGCUUCCUCCACCUUUUCUUGCCUCUGCCUCUCGGUUCUCUCAUCAACACCGCGUCGCUUCCAAGUCAGUUCGGUCUUUGUCCUCGUCGGCGAUGGCUUUCUCCCAGUCUCAAUAUCCGCCUCCUCCGGUGGCUAAGAAAGUGGAACACCCAAUGGAGAUGUUCGGUGACGUGAGGAUCGACAACUAUUACUGGCUUCGGGACGAUUCUCGCACCAAUCCCGAUGUCCUCUCAUACCUCCGUCAAGAAAAUGCAUACACUGACUCGAUUAUGAAAGGGACCAAGGAAUUUGAAGAUAAGCUUUUUGCUGAGAUAAGAGGAAGGAUUAAGGAGGAUGAUACCACUGCACCUUUACGAAAGGGGCCUUACUAUUAUUAUGAGAGAACUCUGGCGGGGAAGGAGUAUGUUCAAUAUUGUCGGCGUCCAGUACCUGACGACAAGGCAACACCAUCUAUUUAUGAUACUGUUCCGACUGAACCUGAUGCACCUGAGGAGCAUGUUAUUUUGGAUGAGAAUAUCAAGGCUCAAAAUCAUGAAUACUACAAUAUCGGUGCUUUUAAGGUUAGUCCAAAUAAUAAGUUAGUAGCAUAUGCAGAGGACACUAAAGGUGAUGAAAUUUAUACUAUUUAUGUCAUAGAUGCUGAAACUCAAGAUCCUAUAGGAGAGCCUCUUCAUAAUGUAACAUCAUAUAUUGAAUGGGCUGGCGAUGAAGCUUUGGUUUAUAUCACAAUGGAUGAGAUUCUCAGGCCUGAUAAGGCAUGGUUGCACAGGUUGGGAACAGAACAGUCAAAGGAUAUAUGUCUUUAUGUGGAAAAGGAUGAUAAAUUUUCUUUGGAUCUACAAGCUUCUGAGAGCAAGAAAUAUUUGUUUGUAGCAUCAGAAAGUAAAAAUACAAGGUUUAAUUUUUAUCUUGAUGUUUCCAAACCUGAAGAGGGACUUAAAGUUUUGACACCACGCAUGGAGGGUAUUGAUACAACUGUUAGCCAUCGAGGAAAUCAUUUUUUCAUUAGAAGGAGAAGUGAUGAGUUUUUUAAUUCAGAAGUAGUAGCUUGCCCGGUUGAUAAUACCUCCUCUACUACAGUUCUUCUUCCCCACAGGGAAAGUGUUAAAAUUCAGGAGAUCCAGCUUUUUAUUGAUCACCUUGUGGCAUAUGAGAGAGAAAAUGGUCUACCAAAUAUAAUAGUUUAUCACCUUCCUCCCAUUGGAGAACCACUAAGGAGCCUUGGAGAUGGUCAUGCUGUUAAUUUUGCUGAUCCAGUAUAUUCAGUGGAAUCUUCGGAGUCAGAAUUUUCCUCAAAUAUUUUGCGGUUUUCAUACAGUUCCUUGAAGGCUCCUUCCUCUGUAUAUGAUUAUGAUAUGAAUUCAAGCAUUUCUGCUUUGAAGAAGAUUGACUCAGUAUUGGGUGGUUUUGAUGCGGCACAUUAUGUUACUGAUAGGCUGUGGGCACUGGUUUAUGAUGGGAACUUUGAUUCCCAUUCAAUUGUCUACCGGAAGGACCUUGUUAAACUUGAUGGAUCUGAUCCUUUACUACUUUAUGGCUAUGGGUCUUAUGAGGUUUGCAUAGAUCCCAGUUUCAAGUCAUCAAGGCUGUCAUUGUUAGAUCGAGGUUUUAUAUUUGCAAUUGCUCAUAUUCGCGGAGGUGGUGAAAUGGGAAGGCAGUGGUAUGAGAAUGGGAAGUUCUUGAAAAAAAAGAACACUUUUACAGAUUUUAUUGCUUGUGCUGAAUAUUUGAUUGAUCAAAAAUAUUCUUCAGGAAAGGAAAGACUGUGCAUCAAUGGUCGAAGUGCAGGGGGUUUACUAAUUGGUGCAGUCCUUAAUAUGAGGCCUGACUUGUUCAAGGCUGCUGUUGCGGGUGUACCGUGUGUGACAACCAUGCUUGAUCCAUCUAUACCUCUCACAACUUCAGAAUGGGAGGAAUGGGGAGAUCCUAGGAAGGAGGAGUUCUACUUCUACAUGAAGUCAUAUUCUCCAGUUGAUAAUGUGAAGGCACAAGAUUAUCCUCACAUUCUUGUUACUGCUGGCUUAAAUGAUCCACGUGUUCUGUAUUCUGAACCUGCUAAGUUUGUGGCAAAACUGAGGGAUAUGAAGACCGAUGAUAACAUUCUACUGUUUAAAUGCGAGCUUGGUGCAGGGCAUUUUUCAAAGUCUGGGAGGUUCGAGAAGCUCCAAGAAGAUGCCUUCACCUAUGUCUUUAUUUUGAAGGCCCUGAAUAUGAUUAGUUAGCUCGAGACCCGUGGGCACUCAACUCGAGUCUGGAGUUUCAAUUUAACUAGCGAACUUUUGCGGUGAUCACAUGGAUCGUUUAUAGUCACCAUGGGUUAAUCUAUUGUUCUGAUUAUGUGCUUCUUUUAUUAGUUAACUUUGUGAUUCGUCUCAUAAUCAGUUUUUUUUUUUUUUUUCCCCACUUAUUUGUAUUAUUGCUGGACAGCCAAGAGAGAACAGUAUGAUUGUAACCAAAAAAAAAAAAAAAAUCAAUUUUAAGAGAAUAAAAUUUAUUGCAAGCUCAUUUUUAUAA